CCUCCUACAAAGGAGGCUCGUCCUUUAAAAAAAAAAAAUAGAGCAGGGCAAGAGGGCGCGGCCGAGGGAUCAGGCUUCUUUUCCGGGAAGGUUACCCGAAGGCCAGCUGUAUGUCAUCCUGGGAUUUGUAGUUCCUUUUCCGGACCCUCUCCCUUGGUAACUCCUUGAUGGUGAGGCCGAGAUGGACUACAACUCCCAGAGGGCCAAGCGGCGGCAGCGGGGUCCUGUGCUCUCGCUGUGGCUGGGCGGCUAGUUCAAGUUGCCAUAGCUGCGAGUCUGGGGAGAGCAGAGUCGGUUGAGUCGCUGCGUUUGGUCAGUUGCACCUUCUGGGUCACUGGUAGCCGCGGGAGCCGGGUGGGGCCUAGGCGAUGAUCCGGCGUUAAGGAGCUGGGGUCGUCCUCCGUCUCAGGCGGUUUGGGGAAAGUCUAGGGGCAACCAAAGAUCAUCUGCUUGACUAGGCCCUUUGCCCUGAACCUCAUGAAGAAAUGAUAGGAGGAAGACAUAUGUGCCUAAAAAGAGCGUUGAGCUCAGAGAAGAGCAACUCGGAGCUUUGGGGGUGUGCUUUGAGUUCCAUCAGAUGCAGGAGUUUGAACAUCUUUUAUUGCUUACAGUAACUUAACUUUAUAGCUGAAGACUUUGUGUGUGUGCUAGUGAAACUCAUGCCGGAACGUGUGAUUCUGUCUUAGUAAAAGUAUGUAAUCCUAGUGGGGGAUUUGUGUACAUCAAUGGCAGAAUCAUCCAGCGAAUCAGAUCACUUUCGCUAUCGUGACCGAUUGAGUCCAUGGGCUGCCAGAUCAACUCACAGGGGAACUCGAAGUCUUCCUACAGUAGAAGUUACCGAGAAGGUCAACACUAUAACAAGUACUUUACAGGAUACCAGUCGGAACCUGCGACAAGUGGACCAGAUGCUUGGACGAUACCGAGAAUACAGUAAUGGACAGGCGGGUGCGAUAGAACAUUUAAAAGAAAGCUUGGAACAAUCAAUCGACCAACUCCGGAGUCAACGUUUAUUGAGAAACUCAGGAGGGAGAAGUAUUUCUGUUACAAGUUUGAGUGCAAGUGACCUUGAUGGUGGCACUGGGCCAGAGAGCCAUCGUUUUCCACCUACCUCACCUCUCAAGGACUAUGGGGAUCCACUGGGUAUUAAACGAAAUACUAGAUCAAGAACUGGUGUCCGCUUUGUUCAAGAGACUGAUGAUAUGACUCAGCUUCAUGCUUUUCAUCAGUCUCUUCGAGACCUCAGCAGUGAACAAAUUCGCCUUGGAGAUGAUUUCAACAGGGAGCUUUCCAGAAGGAGCCGGUCGGAUGCCGAAACAAAAAGGACUUUGGAAGAAUUGACUGAAAAACUUAAUGAAGCCCAGAAACAAGAAGUGGUUUCAGAUCGGGUGGAGCGGCGGCUUCAGGAACUAGAGAGAGAGAUGCGCACAGAAAGGGCGCUGGUGGAAAGACGCCAGGAUCAACUGGGAUUCAUGUCCCUGCAGCUACAGGAGGCACUAAAGAAACAAGAAGCUAAAGCAGAUGAGCAUGAGGGGGCAAUAAAAAAUAAGCUAAUACAAACUGAAACUGAGAAGAAUCAACUUGAACAGGAAUUGGAGCUAUCUCGAAAGUUAUUGAAUCAAUCUGAAGGCAGCCGAGAAACACUUUUGCAUCAGGUAGAAGAACUGCGUGCACAACUUACGAAAGCAGAGGGUGAUCGAAACGGUUUACAGCAUCAAGUGUUUCAGAUUUCCAAGCAACAGUCAAACUAUCAGGAUGAACAAGGGGAGGACUGGCGGUUUAGGAGAGGGGUUGAGCGGGAAAAACAGGACCUCGAGAAGCAAAUGUCAGAUUUGAGAGUGCAGCUGAACUUCAGUGCAAUGGCAUCUGAGUUAGAGGAAGUGAAACGGUGCAUGGAGAGAAAAGACAAGGAGAAAGCACAUUUGGCAACACAAGUAGAGAAUUUAACUCGCGAACUGGAGAAUGGGGAAAAACAGCAACUCCAGAUGUUGGAUCGACUUAAGGAGAUCCAGACUCACUUUGACACAUGUGAGGCCGAACGUAAGCAUGCUGACCUUCAGAUCUCAGAGCUGACUCGCCAUGCGGAGGAUGCAACCAAGCAGGCUGAACAGUACCUCAGUGAGCUCCAGCAGUCAGAGGCCCUGAAAGAGGAGGCGGAGAAGAGGAGGGAAGACCUGAAACUGAAAGCUCAAGAAUCCAUUAGGCAGUGGAAGCUUAAACAUAAGAAGUUAGAGCGAGUGUUGGAGAAACAAUCUGAAACAGUUGAUGAACUGACAGGCAAGAAUAAUCAGAUUUUAAAAGAAAAGGAUGAAUUGAAAACCCAGAUGUAUGCAGCAUUACAACAAAUAGAGAAUCUUCGAAAGGAAUUGAAUGAUGUCCUAACAAAGCGUGCCCUUCAGGAGGAGGAGCUUCACUCCAAGGAGGAGAAACUACGUGAUAUUAAGUCUCAUCAAGCUGACCUUGAAUUGGAAGUCAAGAAUUCCCUGGAUACCAUCCAUAGACUGGAAAGCGAGUUGAAAAAGCAGAGUAAGAUCCAAAGCCAAAUGAAAGUUGAGAAAGCUCACUUGGAGGAAGAAAUUGCAGAGCUCAAGAAGAGCCAGGCCCAGGACAAAGCUAAACUUCUUGAGAUGCAAGAGUCCAUCAAGGACCUGAGUGCCAUCCGAGCAGAUCUUGCUAAUAAAUUGGCCGAGGAAGAGAGAGCCAAGAAAGCAGUGCUUAAGGACCUUUCUGACCUCACCGCACAGGCAAAAUCCAGGGAUGAAGAAACAGCUACAAUCAUCACACAGUUAAAGCUGGAACGGGAUGUGCACCAGAGGGAGCUGAAAGAUCUCACAUCAUCAUUGCAGAGUGUGAAAACAAAACAUGAACAGAAUAUCCAGGAGCUUAUGAAGCACUUUAAGAAAGAAAAGAGUGAGGCUGAGAAUCAUAUCAGGACACUGAAGGCUGAAAGUUUAGAAGAGAAGAAUAUGGCUAAAGUUCAUCGUGGUCAGCUGGAUAAAUUGAAAUCACAGUGUGACAGACUGACAGAGGAAUUAACCCAGAAUGAAAAUGAGAACAAAAAACUGAAGCUAAAAUAUCAAUGUUUGAAGGAUCAACUAGAAGAAAGGGAAAAACAUAUAAGCAUUGAAGAAGAGCACUUAAGGAGGACCGAAGAGGCCAGAUUGCAGCUCAAGGAUCAACUUCUUUGCUUGGAGACUGAACAGGAAUCCAUUCUUGGUGUGAUAGGAAAGGAAAUUGAUGCAGCUUGUAAAACAUUCUCCAAGGACUCAAUGGAGAAAUUAAAAGUCUUUUCAUCUGGUCCUGAUAUACAUUAUGACCCACAUCGCUGGUUAGCAGAAAGCAAGACUAAACUUCAGUGGCUCUGUGAGGAACUGAAAGAGAGAGAAAACAGAGAGAAAAAUCUGCGACACCAGCUGAUGCUCUGCAGACAACAACUCAGGAAUCUGACUGAACACAAGGAAUCUGAGCUGCAGUGUCUCUUCCAACAGAUAGAAAGGCAGGAGCAGCUUCUGGAUGAAAUACAUCGUGAGAAGAGAGAUCUACUAGAAGAGACCCAAAGAAAAGAUGAAGAAAUGGGAUCUCUGCAGAGUACCCGAGUGGCCUUGGACCAUCUGGAGUCUGUGCCUGAGAUUUUUUUCCUACUAGAAGAUUUCAAAGACUUCAGAGAUUCCUGCAGUUCAUCUGAGAGAACUGAUGGAAGAUACUCUAAAUACAGAGUUCGCAGAAAUUCUCUUCAGCAUCACCAAGAUGACAUCAAGUACAGAACCAAAAGUUUCAAAGGUGACAGAACCUUUCCAGAAGGUUCCCACACUCAUGGGUUAGAUCACUCAUCGUCUUGGCAGGAUCACAGUCGCUUCCUGUCUAGUCCAAGAUUUUCAUACAUGAACUCAUUUACCAAAAGAACUGUUGCUCCAGAUUCAGCUUCAAACAAGGAAGAUGCCACAAUGAAUGGAACAAGUUCACAAUCCAAAAAAGAGGAAUAUGAGAGCUAAAAAAGCAAAUGAACUUCAGAGCAACCUGAUUUGGGGCAAUGAUUCCACAUUGACAUUUCACAUGCAAUUUCAUUUUUUCUUCUCUAUACCAGUGGCUCACAGUCAACCACUGUGUUUCAGGGUAACAUUUCCAGACUUUGACAUUGUCAUGUGAAGGAAGAUUUUAAUUUGAUGAUUCCUUGAUAUUUAAAUCUCAUGCAGCUUUACUUCAAUGUCGACAUCAAGAUCAGGGAUUCUUUUCUGCCUUUCCAUCUUGUUGUCCCUGAAAGACUGAGAGCUGAUAGCCGUAUAUGAUUUGUCUUGGCCUUUUAUCUUACAGUGUGUACCCCCCUUAAAUAUAAUUGAUAAUAUGAAAUAUUUGUUUGUAAUCAAGUUGAUGCCCCUCCCCUUAUUGUUUAGGAAUGGACUACAUGAAAACCUACCCAGAAUUUUCCGAUUCUAAAAUGUCUAAAUAUUUUCAAGAAUAGAAGCUUUGCUAAGGACUCCCCACCCUUCCAGCCAAUUGCAACAGUUAAAGUACUAGAAUGUACAGGUCUUGCAUAAAUAACAAAACCAAGUAAAUGGAGCAAACAGCAUAGCUCCUCAAACUGUGUUUACAAUGUCUUCAGUGAUUUUAUGGUUUGGAAUUUGUACCAAGUGGUAAUGUAGAUAAUGUCUUUUAAAAACAGCCUACAUGAAUAUACACAUGCAUUUUAUUACACCUGCUGUUAUCUACUUUGGAAAAACUUCCCAUCAUUGAACAGGCACAUAUGCCAACAAUUACAUACUUCAAUUCCUAAGUUUCCUCAGCACUAGUGGCCUUCCACUCAAGAAAGCAUUAUUUCCCUUAAUUCAAUCAUCUGUCCAUUUAUUCAUUCAUCACUAAAUUCUUGUGGACCUAUCAUGUGCCAAAUCUUAUUUAAUUGGCUAAAAAAGUCUCUAGUAUAUAUUACCAGUCUUAACUUUGUGAUUUUUAAGAAUUUCUGUAUAACUUAUUUACUUGGUAUGCUGAUAAAGUUGGUUAACUAGACCUACAGGUUUCAGUAUGCAUAAUUCAUAAUUCCUAAUAGCAAUUAUAAUAGUUAUACACAAUUUGAAGUUGGUACAACUAGACUUGACUAUGCUAAACUUUCAUUACUCCUUCAUGUUUCACUGUUUAUUGCUCUUCUCAGAAAAAGGAAUGAAAUUGGACUUUUGGAAAGGAAGAGGGAUCUAAAAGUUCUGUAUAUUGAGAUAAUAUCAAAUAAGAGAGCCAAGACCCUCGUGUUAUCCUUGACCCAUUUUGAGAUAAAUACUAAAGGCAAAGCCAUACAACCCAAUAAUGAUUCUUCUCAUUUUGUUUUUGGGCAGCCUUUACUUUCCAGAAGCAAGGAUCUUGUGUAUAUGUAUGUGAAAAUGUAUCAUUUGUUGGGUAUUAACUGAAGAUGAGAUUCAGAUUCUCAGAACCAUUACUGGAUAUAGACUGAACUUCUCAUAGACAGAUCUCACGUGAGAACAACGCAGUACUGGAGCCACUGAGGGACAGCUGUCCACAAUGGCUGCCAACUUCUUCCUGGGGCUACCUUGAUUCCACUGCUUUUGAGCUGCAGACAAUGUGUUAUUUCUCACACUAAUGACCACAAUUGAGGUCAGAUUUCUCUACCCUUUCUCUUUUGGGACUGUAUUGCUUAGAAGAAUGUGCAGUUGUAGACACUGAUACCACAGAGCAGAUAUAGAAAAACUUUCCCAUGCAAUAUUCGUUCCAACAGAUGUUCAGGCUAAAUGUUCAAUACUUUAUUGCUCUUCCUGGAGAGUCAUUACAAGUGAACUGGAAACAAAGAAGGAAUCUAAAGGAGAAUAAGUUAAAAUCUUCCUGUGGGCUGUAACCCUCAUGUUGAAAGCAUGGAUGUGAGUGGUAUCUUCUUUCAUCCUUUCAAAUGUGUAUGAAAUUACCCGCCUUCCUAAGGUGAUAACGGAUGCCAUCAAAGUGGCAAUCAACAGAGUGAGAUCCAUGUUCAUUCUGAUACUGAUAUCAAUACCAUGACUUUACAUAAAUGUUUGAUCAAUUUAACAAAGCAAAACUGCCUUUUACCAACAGAAUAAUUACCGUCUGCUGAUAGCAUCAUGGGAGCUAAUUCCCAAGUGACCUAUAAUUUGUGUGAGGACCCAUGUGGUAACAUGGAUAACCCAAGCAGGUCUUGGUAAGGUUUGAUCAAGGUAAAUCAUCACCACUUUGAUAUUUGCCAUACAUUUUAUAAUUAGUAGCCAGAGGUCUAGCAUAUAGAAAAAAAUUGUAUAAAUGAGAACUGAGAUUGCCUGGGUGCAGUGGCUCACGCCUAUAAUUCCA